AUGUUUCCCGGACUCGGCACGUGGGACGAAACGACGGCCUUUGGAUUCGUUCUCCGCGAAAACGACGUAGAGUGGCUCAGAAUUGGAAUCGUACGGGAUAGUGGGGACAAUGUUCGUGGUGUUCCCCGAGAAUGGGUUGACUUCCACUGGAUCUCUGACGAGUCUUGGGUUUCUCCACCGGUGGUGGAUCAGGGCAGUUCACAAUCCGAGCAGGUUCCUCGCAUAGUUGGACAAGUCGACAGGGUACGGGACGCCACCAAUGAGACUAACAAGAGUCAAUUUGCGAGCCGACCAUCACCAACGGUAAUGAUUAGCCAAAUAUGUUCGUGGAUGUCUGUGUGCCAAUCCAGUCACAGCACAUGCCGGCUUCCUAAAGAACUGUCAAGUGUCCCCACGCGUCUUAUCGAAACGGAUCUGGGUGACGGCACUUUGGACGUUGCCUUACGGGAGAACAUUGCCGCGCCCGAGCCAUACAUAGCUCUGAGCUACUGCUGGGGUCGCUCCCUUCCACUGCGAACCCUUCCUUGCAACUUGGAAAGCCACAAGACUCGAAUUACUUGGAGUGCCUUGCCGGUCUUGUUUCGUGACGUGGUGUUAAUUGCGCGGCUUCUACGGGUGCGGUACGUAUGGAUUGAUGCGCUCUGCAUCAUCCAGAAGGAUAGUAGUGAUUGGACCACAGAAGGGGCAAGCAUGGCAGCUUAUUACGGAAACGCCUUGUUGACCGUUGCGGCCGACGCCUCAGUUGAGACGACUUGCACAAGUCUUCCACGAUCUGUACGCCAGCCUACAGUGCUCGCCGUAGCAGAUACAUCGACAAAGGUCAAGGUUUCGAAAGUCCCGGUACAUGUCAGCAUGAAAAGCGUCCGGUUCGACAAGAACCCACCGUCAUGCAUGCCUCUGUUCUCCCGUGCAUGGGCAUUUCAAGAGCGACUGAUGUCAGCGAGAAUAUUGCACCUUGGACCAGAAGAAAUGGUUUGGGAGUGCUCUUCUCAGCUGUGGUGCGAAUGUGGCAUGCCGCCGGACAUUUGGAACGGGAGGCCAGAACCGUCCAUCGAGCCUUUCCGUGCUUCUCACCACAAUGCGUUGGCCAGUGGUACAAAUCUCGCAGCAUACUGGCAUGAUCUUCUUGAGAUGUAUCUCAUUCGCCAUAUGGCUUAUAGCACGGAUAAACUGAAGGCAAUCAUGGGGUUGGCGGAGCAGAUCAACAACAGCCAAGAUACAAAAUCGCAGGCCCUGGGCAGCUACGUCCUAGGGCUAUGGUCGUCAAUCUUACAGCAUUCUUUGCUAUGGUCCAACCUUACUCGAGGUUGUUCUCGCAACGGAAAGUUUCCAAGCUGGUCUUGGGCCUCGAUUGACGGAACUUGGCUGUACCAGCGGCCGCCGCGAGUAUCUCAAUUUGUCCCGAAAGCAACAAUCAUUAAGAGGCCACCAGAGUUGUGGGAUGUGGAUGAAAGGGUAACUUGCCGCUAUGAGUUGGUUAUAUCUGGCCUCGCUGUUAAUGCUGUCCUUGUCGCUUCCGAUUCCUUCCCCGCUCAAGGCUUGGUCCAAUGGACGCUGUGCACUGGAUACUCAUCUGACGGCGACAUGGAACUCACGGUCGACCUCGACAUUGAAACCCAACAUUACGGAGAAGGGUGGGACCCGGCAGUGCUGUGUUUACAGCUAGGCGUUUCGGACAUUUACUCAAAGAGGAGAGCCUGGGGUCUUGUGUUACGAGCGACAAAGGAUAAUGGUACAGUAUUUGAACGAGUCGGCGUCAUGACUGCUUCAGAAGAGUGGUAUAACGUAGGCGCCCAGAAAAGGGACGUAGUGGUUUAUUAA